AGAACAAAUUAAACAAUGAAACGUGUCGCCUGUUGCUUGCUGUUGGUCGCUGCGGUUUUUGUGUCGGCGAGUGUAGCUGGGCAUAGUGUCACUGAAGAAAUUGAAGCCAAUGGUCCGGCCACUUUUGAGCAGGAGCCUAUAGUCACAGAUUCCACAUUUUCCGCAGUCAAUUUUUCUGGUUUUCAUCUAGUAAAAUCAGAAACCGAGACAGUAGGUGAAGAUAUACCAUCACCAUUAGGCGCUAUGGUCUCUGUCUCGGAUCUCACACACGCCAGUCCUCAUAUUUCUAGGGUUCAUGUCAUUAAAUCAGCAUCUGGGGAGGAUGAAAGAGUGGUGGAGGUUAUUGGCACCUGGCGUGGUGUGCUUAAAGGUGACCAUAUCAUUAGUGGCGGCGUGAAUACUACUACGACGCAUAUUUCUGAAUCAACUGGGCAAGCUGGUAUAGUUGGCGGCUAUACAGACAUAAGUUCGAUCAGCAGCACAUCAGCGAAAAUCAUCAAUAUUUACGAUGAAACGUCGGUGGACAGUGGUACCCAAAUCCAAAAUGAAACUGUACAAUUGGGCGAUGUGCUGGAAAAACUGGAGUUUGAGCUGAGAAAAAAUAGCAGCCAAAGUAUUGAACAGCAGCAAGCGCAAAAUGACUGCAUUAACGGCACUGCGCAUCCACCGUUGAGUGUUUGUGUCAAGUUGCUAAAUUCAGUUAGCCAGACUAGUGCAGCUACAGACAAGAAAAGCGGGCUGUUUAGAGAAAUACUGCGCCUCUUGACUGAAGUGCUUCAUCCGGACCCCGAUGGCGAUGGCGGACACAAUGCUGAAAGCGAAGCUGCGGAUUUGCUAAAUCAACUAAACGCCAUGACUACGCUCAGUCCGGAAGUCACUACUGCGGCGAGCAUUGCUGAAACGGUUACUGAAGCUGUCACCGCACAAUCCGACCUCGCUAACGCCGAUCCUCAAGUGAAAGUUUGUCUCAAUAUACUAUUGGAGGAAAUACUAGCUAUCCUGGCAAUGUACCACAAUCAUAACAAUAGCGAACAAUUCACUUCAACGCCCACUAUGCCAGUUGUGACUGAAAGUCCAUUCCAAUCGUCAGCUUCGAGUUCUAUCGCGGCAUCUCUUGCAACUUUGCAAGCCACCACUUUUGAACAAACCUCCCCUCCUCCUUCCCCGGCUACUUUGCUACCAACAACUUUAACACAAACCCAGUCCCCGACCGCAUCCUCAACCACUGCACAACCAGAUACCGCUCCAACAACUUAUUCUACUUCAGCACCCUCUCAAUCAACAACACCGGCAUCACCUCAACCACCUACUUCAUCUUACACUUUCCCAGCACCACCACCGUUGUCACAGAUCUCAUCUUCUACACCACAGUCGACUAAUUCAGAACCGACUCCGCCUACGGCAAUUUUACAACCAACUACUUUAGCACCAUCUACAUCAGAAGAAAGUCUUCCUUCAACUACGCCAGCACCAUGCGAGGAAACGACUCUUGCCACAAUAGUGCCAACUACUGUAGAUGCAACAAACCCCUCUACAAAUCCUCCAACAUUAGCAUCAACUUUGCAGCCAACAACACCGGAAUCAGCUGGACCUCCUUUUUCUCAAUCCUCCUUGCCGUCAACCCAGUUCUCGUCACCUGUAUCAGAGCCAACAACACUUGGAUCAACGCAACCCCCUACACAGCCCUCGACAACACUUCCAACUUCGCCAUCUAACUCACAAACAACCACUUCACAGGAAACCCUUCCUCCUGCCUUCCCAUCUACUGCACCAUCCACAGUAGAGCCAACCCAACCUCUAAUUUCCCCAUCUACUUCGACGCCACUUCCAACUUCAACGUCCAUCCCGGAAACUAGUUUAGCAGAACUAGUCACCUCUCCUACACUUCCUCCAACUGAGCCCUUUACUUCACAAACAACUGAAUUAGAAUCAAACGAGCCCUCGACUUCGGUUCCAACUUCCGAAACAAGUCCUUCAGAAUCCAUGACGUCCACUAACCUUCCGCCGUUUACGAUGGAAAUAAGCACAUCAGUAUCAGCUACGUCACCUUCCAUUGCACCAAUUGAAUCCACAACUUUAGUACCAAGUACUUCGAAAUCAACGCAAUCUCCCACUUCUGAAUCCACUUCGCAAUCAGAAGCAAGUACUUUAAGGCCGGUACCAGCGCCUACAAUUCCUCACACUGAGCUCUCCCCUUCACAAUCAACCACAUUGCAAUCAACACUACCUUCGACUGCGGUUCCAUGUUUGGAAAUAAGCACCACAGACCGAACUAACUUGCCAUCACUUCCUCCGAUUUCGACGUCUACUACAGAAAAAAGUACUUCUCAAAAUUCAGCCGUGACUUUCCCAGUUGUGAUAACAACUGCGCCACCACCUUUGACUCCGACUGUAAUUCCAACUUUACCACCAACCAUUCAACCAAGCUAUCCACCAACAUUGCCACCUACCAGCCAACCGACUAGUCCAUCCACUAUCCCACCAACUUCUUCGCCAGCAUUUACUAUUUCAUCAUCAUUACCUCCGGCACCGGCGCCAACACCGGCCCCAUAUAUUCCACCUAGCCAUGCACAAACAUUGCCACCUACCGGUCAACCAACCAGUCCAUCCACUAUCCCACCAACUUCUACGUCAACGUUUACUAUUUCAUCGUCAUUACCUCCGGCACCAGCGCCAACACCGGCUCCAUAUAUUCCACCUGGCUAUCCUCCAACAAUGCCACCUACCGGUCAACCAACCAGUCCAUCCACUAUCCCACCAACUUCUACGCCACCAUUUACUACUUCACCGUCAUUGCCUCCGGCACCAGCGCCAACACCGGCUCCAUAUAUUCCAUCUAGCAAUCCUCCAACAUUGCCACCUACCAGUCAACCAACCAGUCCAUCCACUACUCCACCAACUUCUACGCCAACAUUUACUAUUUCAUCAUCAUUACCUCCGGCACCAGCACCAACACCGGCUCCAUAUAUUCCACCUAGCAAUCCUCCAACAUUGCCACCUACCAGUCAACCAACCAGUCCAUCCACUACUCCACCAACUUCUACGCCAACAUUUACUAUUUCAUCAUCAUUACCUCCGGCACCAGCGCCAAUACCGGCUCCAUAUAUUCCACCUAGCCAGCCACAAACAUUGCCACCUACCGGCCAACAAACCAGUCCAUCCACUAUCCCACCAACGUCUACGCCAACAUUUACUACUUCACCGUCAUUGCCUCCAACGCAAACACUGGCUCCAUAUCUCCCACCAAAACCAUGCUCCCUACCAACAUCUUCGUCAUUUUACUCCAACAACCCAUAUCCGGCAUAUAUUCCAAAUUAUCCCCCUAUUCUACUACUUCCUUAUCCCGUUGUACCAUUUCCUAUUGCCCCGCCUAGUCCAUGUGCCGAAGCAUCCGAUCAAGCGAAAUCGGUUUCGGUUGAUAGUAAGUCACCAAUUUUCCAACGCGCUGUGCCAAUCGAGCAAAUAAUCUGUCAACGGAAUGUGCUUGGAGCUUAUUCUGCAGGACUAUGAGCAAG